CGUCUGAGAGGUCUCAAGUUUCGUCCUCUGUUGUUCGAAAAUUACGGAUAUUCAUUCGUAGGAAACAUCUGUCGUAGGAGAGAGAUGUGCACGUUUGAUAAGGACAAAGGGCCAAGGAGGCUGAUGAAAAAGGGUUUAACUCUCAUCCUGGUCGGCCAUAUUAACUUCAUUCUUGGAGCUAUUGUCCAUGGCAGUGUCCUCCGCCACAUUUCCAAACCCAGCCAGCAUAUCACCACUGAAUACACUGUAGCCAACAUCAUCUCUGUCACCUCUGGCCUGCUGAGCAUUGUCACCGGGAUUAUUGCUAUUGUGGUGUCAAGGAACCUUCAUGUAUUAAAACUGCAAAUAGGACUUCUAAUUGCAUCAUUCCUGAACGCCCUGCUCUCAGCGUCAUGCUGCACUGGUCUCAUCUUGGCCAUUAGUGUUACUGUUGCCCACAAUGGGCAGGGCUUGAUGGUGGGAUGCAAUGACACAGAGGUGCCCAUCAAUGCUCGGUCACCUAUCACUGCCCAAUGCCCAUUUGAUACAACAAGAAUUUAUGACACCACCCUUGCGCUGUGGGUCCCUUGUACUGUGCUGGCAGCGGUUGAGGUCGGACUGUCUGUGUGGUGCUUCAUCGUUGGAUUGGCUCUCAGAGGGCUGGCACCCUGUGGGAACAGCUACAUCAAAGAGCAGUUGGAGGAAGAGGCUGAGUGCUCUCCCCACAGCCGACGUCUAAUUGGACAGCGCAUGAACCCUGAUGCCUAACUGAACAAAAAGCAGGAAGGACACCACUCCACGUAGACAAGUACAGCUAAAUCGCAAAAGGCAUCACUGCACCUGUAUUCAGAUUAGUAGAUCUUGCCCUGCAGUCAGCUAGGUGAGUGUCUCUGUGGAACAGGAGUGGAAUCCUUUUUAAGAGACUAAGAAACCUAUCAGUGAUAAAUUAAUUCACAGUGAUGCAUAAAAAACUCACAUACGUUUUGUAGGUGCAUUCCUUUUGUGCAGAUAUUGGGAUACAGUGUGCAUAUAUAUGUGUGGAAACUACAGUAAGAUAUUACUAUGGUGGCCCUGAGAGCUCAACGUGCCGCAAAUUCAGAAAACAUCUUUAUGAAUUUGACAACAAAUGCACUGCAAA